UCGUAACACGACGUUAAUAUUGUUAUUAAAUCUAUCACCGCGUUUUUAAAACAUUGGUUUCGCGAACUAAACUACUGUUAAUCGAUUAAUAGACUGCAUUAUGUUUUCAAUUUAUUUACGAUUACGGUUUACGCCCAUCACUAUAAAUCCUUGAAAAUGGUAAAAUCGAAAAGGGAAUACCAAAAAUGUCGCACUGUUUUGGUAUUGUCUUGAUUAAAAGGAAAUGAGAUUUUUCUAUUAACAAAUGAUUAGAAAUUUAUAUAGAGGAGGAAUUUAUAUUUAUAGGAUAAACUAAAUUUAUUUUGUAGUAAGCAAUCAUGAAUACGACAGCGCCUACUUCGGCAGAUGCCUGUCUUAGUAUCGUCCACUCGUUAAUGUGCCACCGGCAAGGGGGUGAGAGUGAAGGAUUCUCAAAGAGAGCUAUUGAGUCUUUAGUAAAGAAAUUAAAAGAGAAACGAGAUGAACUAGAUUCAUUAAUUACUGCUAUAACAACUAAUGGUGCACAUCCAAGUAAAUGUGUAACAAUUCAACGGACAUUAGAUGGUAGAUUACAGGUUGCGGGACGAAAAGGAUUUCCUCAUGUUAUAUAUGCUAGAAUUUGGCGCUGGCCGGACCUGCACAAAAAUGAGCUGAAACAUGUAAAAUUCUGUCAGUUUGCAUUUGACUUGAAAUGUGAUUCAGUGUGUGUAAAUCCAUAUCACUAUGAAAGGGUUGUGUCCCCUGGAAUUGACUUAUCAAACCUUACACUCCAAUCAGGGCCUAGUCGGCUAGUAAAAGAUGAGUAUACCGCUGGGAUCGGAGGUAAUGGUAUGGACAUGGAUACUGGAGAGCUAGUCACAAUACAACACCAUGCUACCAGCCCUAGACAUCCGCAUACAACUAUAGCACACCACCAUCAACAAUUUCAAGCAACUAAUAUUAUAAUAAAUCAAGGACAAACGCCAGAUGGCGUACCGAAUAUGUUUUCGCCGCAUGGACAGCGCCCUCGACCGGGGGCGCCACCACAAAUGGGGCAUUCGCCUGGGCAACAAAUGAUCUCUAACCAUCAAAAUAGCCAAAUGACACAAAUGGGCCCUGGUACUCCCCAGAUGGGUAGAACUACACCUCAAAUAGGACCGGGAACACCACAGAUGGGUCCCGGAACGCCCCAAAUGGGACCUGGCACACCACAAAUGUGUCCUGGUACGCCACAAAUGGGACCUGGGACACCUCAAAUGGGCCCUGGCACUCCUCAAAUGGGACCUGGAACACCACAAAUGGGUCCCGGUACACCUCAGAUGGGUCCUGGCAAUCCACAGAUGGGGUCGAAUGUGCCACAAAUGGCGUCGCCUAGAAUGGCGUCAGCUCCCAACCAAAUGUCACCUGGCGCUCCACAAAUCACAAAUAUAAGCCAAGGGAUGUCUAUGAAUGCUCAGCAAAUGAUGGGUCAGCAGAGAGCUAUAGCACCAAAGCUAGAGCCACCAGAUACAAUGGAUGCGCGAACUAUGUGGAGAAUGAAUCAUUCGGCUAUGCCAGUUACUAUGUCCCCGGGAGGGUCUACCCCUAUUAUAGAUGGCGCGAACAACACGUUCUUCACAACAGAACAAACAUCAGCCGACACACAACUUACGCAAUCAAUGCCAGGUAGGUUAACAGGCUCAGUGGCUGUAUCAAAUGUUAGUUCAGUGCCAGUUACAGCAGUAGCGUCCCCUAUUGAACCUCAACAAAAUGGUUUCACAGCGACAAGUCCGCCUCAGCAAAGCCCCUUGCCCCAUCGCACUCAGCAUCAACAAGGUACCUGGACGGGCAAUAACACUCUAACGUAUACGCAGAGCCUUGCGCCGCCGCCGGCCGCACCGCCCGUUCCAGUGGACGCACCAUCACACCAUCACCAUUACUAUAAUGGCAACCCUGGCGGUCUUCUAUCUAGCCAGCCAGCGCCAGAGUACUGGUGUUCGGUCGCGUACUUUGAGUUGGACACGCAGGUCGGGGAGACAUUCAAAGUGCCCUCUAGUCGACCUAAUGUUACUGUUGAUGGCUAUGUGGAUCCCUCUGGCGGCAACAGAUUCUGCUUGGGUGCGUUAAGUAAUGUUCACAGAACUGAACAGAGUGAAAGAGCUAGGUUACACAUAGGUAAAGGCGUCCAACUCGACUUGCGUGGUGAAGGGGACGUAUGGUUACGAUGUCUUUCGGACCACUCGGUGUUUGUGCAGUCCUAUUACCUCGAUCGAGAGGCUGGUAGGGCUCCAGGGGAUGCAGUCCAUAAGAUUUAUCCCUCUGCUUGUAUUAAGGUAUUCGAUCUCCGUCAAUGUCACCGCCAAAUGCAGACGCAAGCGGCGACUGCGCAAGCGGCCGCAGCUGCGCAGGCUGCCGCCGUCGCUGGACAUAUUGCGCCUGCGCAUCCGGGGAUGAACAAAUGUUUAUCAGCGGCCGCAGGUAUAGGAGUAGAUGAUUUAAGAAGAUUGUGCAUCGUCCGCCUGUCGUUUGUGAAGGGAUGGGGUCCUGACUACCCUCGGAGCUCUAUUAAGGAGACACCUUGCUGGGUCGAAGUACAUUUACACAGAGCGCUACAAUUGUUGGACGAGGUCCUCCACACGAUGCCUAUAGACGGACCUCGGACUAACAUCGAGUAGGAGUUGAUCGGCUUCUUUUGAGGCCUUCGAGCGACCACACACCACUCGAACGCACGGGAAAGCGGAUAGUGUGAGACUCCGUUGUUUAGUGUUGAGUAGGAAAUAAUUAAAAAAGACAAUAGUAGGGUUUUUCAUUCAAUUACUUAAUUUGUAUUUUUUUUAUAUGAUAAGGGGGCAUACGAGCAGGACGCCCAAAAAGGGCAGUCAUCGAUGACCCACAUUUUAGUGGGUGUGUUGCCGGUUUUUAGUUCUCCCUAAGUAUGCUCUUUUUUUAAACAAUUGGAGGUCGUAUCUACCAAGGUAGACCCCUACUGAGAGUCGAUUCCACAAUUCGCUAGCUAUUAUUACGAUUUGACAUUUAUAUAGCAUUGAGAACAUACACAUAGCUACUCACAUUAAUACAUUUGUAAAAAAGGGUGCGUGUACUUAUGUACGCGCGUAAGAAGUUAUACUUCUUUGGCUUUAUUAAAAAUAGUGUUUGAUUGCAUGCAAAUAAUUAAUUACAAUUA